ACUGCCCCAUCAGCUGCUCCCCUGGAAGAAGGUCCACGGGAAGAGAGGCACAGUACGCCUCUCACAACAGCACUGGCACAGAGCAGGCCAGCAAGUCCUCCAGCAGCCCCUGCUCUGGAAGAUGAGGGACACAGAGCACCUCCCCUGACACGUGGGGCUCAACAGUCGAAGCCAUCAGCCUGUGCAAGCCCCAGUGAGCACAGCGCUGCCGUGAUGGUGGAGAGCCAGGGACGUGCCCGACAUGCCUGCAGUGUCUCUGAUGAAGAGCUGGAUGAAAGAGUUGACACCAUCGUGGCUGCAGUCCUACUCCACUCUGUAGCCAUCAUCCAGGGAGCCCCAAGCAAGGCAGCAAGUGCUCCCUGGGUCACAGUGCCCAGGGUGCCUCCUCCCACACCAGAGCCUGCAGAAUGUACAUCCUCGGCCUCUGCCUUGGCCGGAGGCCCUGUGGGGGAGGCCAAUGAAGCCCCUCUCGCUGCAGCAGCAGCGCCACAAGAAGAAGGUGGAGAAGGGGCUUCUCCUUUGGCUGCAGAGCCUCUCCAGGAGCCCAGCAGAGAUUUCCGCCCAGCAGCAGCUGACAAAGCAGGAGCAGCAGCCAGUCCCUUGGUUCCUGGGCACCAGGUGGCCAUCGAGCAGGGAGGCCAAGCGCAGUCCUCCUCCUGCACCAAAGAUACGACAGCAGAUGAGCCAGCAACAUCCCAGACACAAGCACCAUCCCAGGAUCUGUUGGCCGGGCCUGUUCAGCGCAGCGAGCAGCAGCAAGCACAAGGCAUCCAUGACCUCGCACAAGCCCCGGCACGCCAGCCACGGCCCUCCCGCAUCAGGAGGGCACUUCGCGCGCUGCGCAGGGCUUUCCGCUGCAGCUGCAUCACAGGACAGCGAGAGUAGCCGCGCCCGGCUGUGCCAGUACCAGGAGGAUGCUCGGAGCUGGCAGCUGGCCCUCAGGAAGCUUUGCAGCGCCCACGGAAGCAUCACUGCGAGGCACAGGACAGCGCCCCAGGAAUUCAGAUGCCCCACCACA